AUGGGGUAUAGAGGUACAGAAUUUGCAAUUCAUUGUGCUGUAAUAAAUGGUCAUCUUGAAGUAGUAAAAUAUUUACAUGAAUUAGGGUAUAGAGGUACAGAAUUUGCAAUUUAUUAUGCUGUACAAAAAGAUCACCUUGAAGUUUUAAAGUAUUUAAUUGAAAAAGGGUAUAGCGGAGCAGAAGAUUCAAUUGAUUUCGCUGCAGAAAUUGGUCGUCUUGAAAUAUUAAAAUAUUUACAUGAAUUAGGGUAUAAAUGUGACAAAUUGGCAAUUAAUUAUGCUGCAGAAAAUGGACACCUUGAAGUAGUAAAAUAUUUAUAUGAAUUAGGGUAUAGAGGAACAGAAAAAGCAAUUGAAUACGUUGCAAUGAAUGGUCACCUUGAAAUAUUAAAAUAUUUAAUUGAAAAAGGGUAUGAAUACUUUCAUGUUGCAAUUGAUUAUGCUGCAGGAAAUGGUACUGAAUGGGCAAUUAAUUAUGCUGCAGGAAAUGAUGACCUUGAAGUAGUAAAAUAUUUACAUGAAUUAGGGUAUAAAGGUACUGAAUGGGCAAUUUAUUAUGCUGCAGAAAAUGGUCACCUUGAAAUAAUUUCUACCUCAAGUGCUAUAACCACUUGUUCAAUCGAUGGUACUCCAAUAAGGUAA